AUGACAAGCUGAUUUUGUAUCUCAAAAUUAUUUGUCUGUUUUUAGCAAACUUCUAUAUUCAAAUGUUUUCAGAUUUAACUGUCAAUUGCCAUUGCCAUAACAGUUCAUGCUGCUAAGAAUUGUCCCUCAGCAACGCGCGGUAUAUGUAUAAGUUUGCUAAAUGUUAUUAAGAACGCAUGGCCCUCUCCUUAACUUUUUCUUCUUUAAAGAAGACAAUUGUGAGGCCAUUCCCAUCUUCUCUCCUCAAUUGUUUCUCCCAUUCUCUUCUCUGCACUUGCUUUACCAAAGACCUAAUUUGCAGAUAUAGGCACCUAGUCCGCCAAACAACCAAAUUCCUUCGGCCCUGGGUUUGGUUUCUCUUUUUUAUUUUUCAGGCCUUGAUUCAAGGGUUGUCAAUGGCGGGUUAUUUGAAAUUUUGAAGAAAUAAAGCAACCUGGUUCUUCUCUCAACAAAAUCUUUUUCUGGGUUUUCUAGUGUUUUGAAGUGCGAAGGAUGUGCCAUGGCCAUAGAGUUUCUUUCAAACAUGUAAACUUGCAAGUACUCCUUGUGGCAUUUCACCAAAUGGACGGUGUGCAAAAUUCAAUCUAAAAAUAGCGUGGCUAUGAUUAGCAGCAACUUUCCUCUUUCUCCUUGGCAGAAUGGAAAUACUGAGAGCUUCAUACGGCGACGCAUCAUCUGAUUCAGACUCUGAUUCCUCUUCUCCACCAACAACGAAAUCAGUCCCUCCUGUUUCAAACCCAAAAGCAGAGGCCAUAGCUUUACCACCUCCUCCUCUCGCACUUCUCACUCCUCCUAAUCCUCUCGGUGCAUUGGAUUCCAUGCUAAAUGGUCAGUCCAGUCGAAUUAGAAGCUUCCCUCAUGUUCAAGGCAACUAUGCUUUGCACGUCUACAUUCCAGUUAAUAUACCACCUGCGUUGAAGAAGGAAGUGGUUCAGUUCUUGAACAGGAUAUCAUUAGUUGUGCCUGGUCUUCAUGUUGUUGAUGCCGAUGUUCCUCUUGAUAUUUUAUGUAAAGAUGAUCACAAGCUUGAACAAGUUGCAUUAGGUAGAGAUUUCCAUAUUAGCUUAGGAAGAACUGUGCCGAUUCGAGUUCACCAGAUUGAUUCAGUCGUUGCUAUGCUUCGGCAGAAGCUUCAGUUUCAAAAAGGAUAUUGGAUUGACUUUAAUAAGUGGGAAGUUUUUGUUAAUGAUGACAAGACACGCACCUUUCUUUCACUAGAAGUUGUGACUGGAGGAUUAGCUGAGAUUACCAAGCAAAUUCAGUCUGUUAAUGAUGUGUAUAAGCUCCACAAUCUUCCUGAAUUUUAUAAGGAUCCACGCCCUCAUAUAUCGUUGGCUUGGGCAUUGGGGGAUGUCAGCGAUGUCUUAAAGAGAGAAGUUGUAAACGAAAUGAAGAGGUCAAGUGCUGGGGGAUCAAUAUUGAAACGUGUAUUUAGUUGUAAAUUCAGCGGGAUUGAGUGCCAUAUUGGUAAGAAAACGUACAAAAUUUCAAAAUUUCUUGAUGAAAAAUAAGGCUUUUAAACCAUGUAAUAUCCGUGUUUCGAUUGAAGCUGUAUCUUGUGUUGAUCAAUUAAGUGCAUAUCAAGAAUUAUAUGAUCUCAUAUUGUUUGUUUGUGUAAUGAAGGAUGAUGAAUGGAGAAAGCAUCUUAUUGAAAGUAA